AUGAACGAAGCAGUGGCCGACGAACUGAACGUUGUGGUGACUGGAGGCACGCCCUUUCUGGAAUACGAUUACAACACCUCCGCCCUUGUCCGCGACGCAAUCUCGCCCAAGAUCACAGGUGGUGGCGGCAAGACCAUCAACAUCGUCAGGUAUCCCGAAGACGUUCGCUGCAACUACCCAUGGGUAAUCGACAUGUCGAAGAAGAUCCUUUCAGGCCGUCGCGACGUGUUCCAAGGCAACGUUCCCGCGACAGAUGAGCCAUUCGUCCCAGAUCUGAUCUUGCACAUUGGCAUGAGACUCAGCUAUCCUGGGUACUGCUUCGAAACUCAUGCUCGGCGGGAAGGCUUUGUUCAGCCGGGUGAAGAUGGAGAGACUUUCCAGGAAAGCAAACCGCUGGAGUGGGAAACCCUCCCCAAGGAGCUGUACACGCAGUAUGACAUGAACGUUAUGAGGGAAAGGGUCCUCAGAGAGUUACCGGAUGCCGACAUCAAGGUUUCUGAUAAUGCUGGCCUCUAUUUCUGCGAGUUCCAGCUGCUUUCGACUCUCGCCGAGCUAAAACUGAAGGGCCUGCCUGGUAAGGCGAUUUUCCUCCAUGUUCCGUCAGGUCAGUCCCCAGAGGCUAUCGCACUGGGAGCAAAGGUCGCCGAGGAGUUGAUCUCUUCAAUCUUGGAUGGAUGA